UGUUAUUUUCUUUUUAUUCAAAUUUAUUUCUGUUAAAACAAGACACACGCUCAAGCUAUUUGCGAUAUAGACUCUUUUCUUAUCUAGAUCAAUUAGCAGUCAAACAACCCCUAUACCUCCAGUUCGGAAAGAAAUACAAAUAUAUCAGCCUAGAAAAACACCUAUCACAACCAUGGGCAUCAUAAAAACCGCAAUCCUCGUUGGUGGUGGUAUUUACGCCGCGAAAACUAUCAUGAAAAAGCAGGACAAGAAAGAAAGAACCAGUAACAACAACCUGAAUCCAAAUAUGCCUGCAUCCAGGUAUCCCCCAGGCCCACCUCCGGCAUAUUACCAAAACCAGUCCUAUCAACAAGAAGGCCCAGGGUAUUACAAUUAUAACACGCAAAGUGGUCCUCAAACUCGAGAAAAUGGAGGAUUUGUUGACAAUAAUCCGAAUGGUGGUUGGAACUUGGAUUAUAAGGGAUGUGAUGGAUCUUCACAGGGGAAGACGAAUGGGGUUGACAACAUUCGACGUUAGCCGGUUGGAAUGAUUAGGUUUUUUGCAAUGGUGUUCUGGUUGUGGUUGAAUUUGUUAUUUUUUAGGGGCAAUGUUUUCAAUGGGACAGCUAGGAGUAUUUCUCUAUAAUUGAAGCAAGAUUGUGAUUGCACUACAGAAAUAUAAGUAGAUACAUGAUAGAUACCAGUUGUUAUAUAACAUUUAAACUUGCA